AUGAAAGCGACUCUCGCACCUUCCUCUCUCACAUUCCUCCCCCAAUCCAAUCCUACUUGUAGUUUCCGAUCAUCACCACCGUCGCUUGGGUCCCUACGUCCAUCCUCAGCCUCUAUGACGACGGCUACGGCGCGUGGGAGCGUGGCUGUCACGGCUGCUGCAACCUCCCUGCGACAAGGAAUAGCCGAAUUCUACAACGAGACUUCUGCACUGUGGGAGGAGAUUUGGGGAGACCAUAUGCAUCAUGGCUUCUACGACCCCAAUUCCCCCCUUCAACUCUCCGAUUCCGGUCACCGCGAGGCUCAAAUCCGAAUGAUCGAAGAGUCUCUCCUUUUCGCCGGCGUUACUACUGAGGAGCAAAGGAUAAAGAGAGUAGUGGAUGUUGGGUGUGGGAUAGGAGGAAGCUCAAGGUAUCUUGCCUCUAAAUUUGGGGCCGAGUGCAUUGGCAUCACUCUCAGCCCCUUGCAGGCCAAGAGAGCCAAUGAUCUCGCUGCUGCUCAAUCGCUCUCUCAUCAGGUAUCGUUCCAAGUUGCAGAUGCGUUGGAGCAGCCAUUUGAAGAUGGGAAAUUCGAUCUCGUGUGGUCGAUGGAGAGCGGUGAGCAUAUGCCUGACAAGGCCAAGUUCGUCAAGGAGUUGGUACGCGUAGCGGCUCCAGGAGGAAGGAUAAUAAUAGUGACAUGGUGCCACAGAAAUCUAUCCCAAGGGGAAGAAGCUUUGCAGCCAUGGGAACAGAACUUAUUGGACAGAAUCUGCAAGACAUUCUAUCUCCCGGCCUGGUGCUCCACCUCUGAUUAUGUCAACUUGCUUCAGUCCCUCUCUCUCCAGGAUAUUAAGUGUGCAGAUUGGUCAGAGAACGUAGCUCCUUUCUGGCCGGCCGUUAUACGAACCGCGUUAACGUGGAAGGGCCUUUUGUCUCUGCUUCGUAGUGGUAUGAAGAGCAUAAAAGGAGCCUUGACAAUGCCAUUGAUGAUCGAAGGCUACAAGAAAGGUGUCAUUAAGUUUGGCAUCAUCACUUGCCGGAAACCCCUCUAG